AUGACCGACUUACCACAAAGCUACCAGCUCCGUUCCUUCUCAUCGUUCUCCACCCUAACGCAGUUGCAGCUCGCGGUGAAAGCCAUCCAUGACCAGUUGGAGCAGAACAAUGGGCAAGGUAACCAAUGGCUGGUUAUUAUGGCCACUACAUCGACCGGCAGUGCAUUCGGAUGGGAGUGGCAGACAGUGACGUUGUUUUGGGGACUUGCAGUCACGACACCUGGCACUGUUACUACCCAUGGCAAACAGCCGGACAACUGCUUUUUUCCUCCUAACCGCCAGCCUCUAGGUGGCCAGUUCAAUGGCUGGCCCUCACUCGUCAUAGAAACGGGAGUUUCGGAGUCUUUGGAAAAGCUUCGUCGAGACGCCACUUGGUGGUUUCAGAAUUCCUCUGGGGACACCAGAAUCGUGAUUCUCAUCUCAAUAAAAGCGGUCACCAAGCAGAUCAGGUUCGAGAAAUGGCAGCUUGCCCCUCCGAACCUUCCAAGACCUACAAGGCAAGCGAUUGCUCAGCUACGUCAGCAGCCCAACCUGAUGCCCCCUCUUGUCCAGCAGCAGGCGAACAGCCAAACCGCCUUCUGCCAUCAGGAAGUAAUCGUUACGCCCACUUCAAUUACCGGAGGACCUCUUGUGAUCCCUUUCAGAGCCAUGUUUGAUCGGCAGCCUACGGGAGCUGAAGGCGAUAUAGUUAUCAACAACCAGGGCUUUCGCACCAUUACGCGUUUUGUUUAA